ACUUAUUGGUUAAAUAUAUGGUCAGAAGCUCCUCCUCGUAAUAAAAAUAAAACAUCAUCCGAACUAUUAGAAAAUACUACCUCAGUAGACCCUUCUUUAUUUUAUAUAGGCAUAUACGCUAUUGUUGCCUUAAGUUCUGCCAUUUUUACAUUUGUUCGCAUGAUUUGGCAACUUUUUGUUUCUCUUAAAGGUUCAAAGGCCUUGUUUUCAGAAUUGCUUAAUGUUAUUUUAAGAGCACCCUUAAGUUUUUUUGAUGUUGCGCCUCUUGGAAAAAUUAUGAAUAGAUUUUCUAAAGAUCUGGGCGUAAUAGAUCAGA